AUGCUGGUUCUUCAAGCGCCUCUGACGCCCUACAGCGCAUCCAUACCAUCCGGCCCUCCUCCUGCUGCUCCCAAUCGAACUGCACAGCCCUUGCCGUCCAAUCCAAACCCCGCCCUUGGAAGCACCUCAUUCCUACUGGAUCUCGCACCUGCAAACGUCGCCCCCAGUAUUCCAAUCCCUGCCAACUUGCUCGGCAUCAGCAUCGAGCUCAGCGUCGCCGACGAGUACCGUGAGCGCUGACGUGAUUGUUGUGGAGCGACAAUCGCUGACCCCGCACGCGCUUCACGCCCCCCAGUCGGCAGCGACCCGCAAACACCCUCGUUUCAAUUUCUAAAUUAUCUGGCAAACAUACGGGCACGUGCCGGAGUAGGUCCAAUCGUACGCAUCGGAGGUGAGCGCGGGAGGCGAGCGCGGAAGGCGAGCGCUGAGGGGGGGCCAAAGUGAUGGACUCUGUGCCCACUCUUUCCUGACAUCAGAGUCUCGCAACCAGGCAACACGCAAGACACUGCCGAAUAUGCCAGCAACUUGGAUGGCAUCAUACGCAAAGUCGGCGGAGGGCUCAACGCAGCUGGCAUACCCAUCACGCCCCACCUCGUCUAUAGCGACGUCAUCUUUCAGUCUCUCAAGACAUUGGUCAAUCUUACGGACGCGCGCAUCGUCUGGGGCGUCAACAUGGUCAACAACACUGCUGACUUUACGCUCGACAUGGUCGAGCAUCUCCAAAAGAGCGUGGGAGACUCGCUCGAGCAUUUACUGGUGAGCGUGUGCGUCUCAAUGUUGCCGCAAUGAAGCUGACGCCGCCUCUCGCGCGUAGGUCGGCAACGAGCCCGAUCGAUAUGCUCUCACAGGCAACAGACCUGCGUCAUACAGCAUCGACACGUAUCUGGACGAAUUGGGAGCCCUCACGCAGAGCAUCAUCAACGCCGCUUAUGCGGAUGAUAUGCGCCAGUUCAGCGCUCCGAGCGUCUGCUGCUCGUGGACGACUAGUCAGAGUGAGCGAGCGCGCGUGACGUCGCGCAUUCGGCCCCUCAUGCUGACGCUCGCACAACCCCGCAGUUCUUGACGCUGGGAUGCGAUCGCGCUUCUCUGAUCGGCUCAAAGGUGAGGCGCACGAGCAUCCUCGAGUGUGUGCGCAUGCUCACACGCCCGACAAUGCCUUGCAGCCAUCAGCGCCAUAAAGUGUGAGGGAGCGCUAAAGUUUGGACGUGCCAAGUCGCCCGCGCUCACACGUUUCAUCCCGCAGACCCGCAAAGCCUGUGCCAAUCGGAUGCAGUGUAUGGGCAUGCGGGAUACCUCAACAUGACAAACAUUGUCGACGUUAGUGGCGCUACGGUCUCCAAGUCUGCGCUCGUGUCUGACUCUCGCACCACGUUUGCAGUUUGCCAUGUACGAUGUUGCUGCCGUCAGCACAGCAGUCGAAAUGGGCCUCCCGUAUGUGCUUGCCGAAACGGUGCGUACACACCGUCACCUCUCUGCCCAUCAAUUCUCACUCACGACUUUUUGUGAAUCUCUCUCCCCUCUCCUCUUCUCACCGCAGAACACCGCGUCGUGCGUGGGAGUCGCUGGAGUCAGCGAUACGUUCACGAGCGCCCUCUGGGCGAUCACUGCCUCUUUGGAACUUGCUUACCGCAACCAUUCCGCCGUGCUGCUUCACAACGGAGGCGCAAAGUGAGCGAGAGCAAGCAGUCUCGAGCCUAUGCACGUCCGCGCUCACACUCGUGACUCUCCCACAGCGUCCUGUACAACGUCUUUCAUCCGCCGACGCGCAACACGACCACGACUGCGUGGCGCACAGCGCCAAUCUACUACUCGCUGAUCGUGUUAGCUGAAGCCCUUCGCUCCACGUCGAGCGAGCGGUCACGCGUUCGAAAUCUCGGUCUGAACGAGACGAUGGCGGCAGCUUAUGGUGUGUAUGAAGAGGAGACUCCAGUCAAGCUCGUCCUGGUCAACAUGGCCUCCUCAAACGAUCAGACCCAGGUCAUGAAUGUCGAAUUCGAUCUGCCUGCGAAUGGUAACGCUGCUGUAUCAUUCAAGACGCUGACCGCCGCGAGCGUCGAUGAAAAGGCCAAUAUUGUGAGCCGCACGUGCCUGCGCUAGCUUAUGCGCCGCACGCUGACGUCCAUUCCACGCCAGACCUGGGCAGGUCAAACGCUCUCCUACUACUCGGACGGAACUUUGAUCGGCACCGAGGACGUCCAGACGCUAGCGUGCCCUUCCCAACGAUGCACGUUGCGAGUGCCUGCUCCGAGCGUCAUCCUCGUCUUUCUCACGCAACAAGCGCAGAGCAAGGCCUCUGUCAGCGCUUCGGCCUUUGAGCCGCAAGGCACCAACAACAGACAAUUGGUACUCGAUUCGAAUGGAAGCAGAGGUAAUCGAGGAGGCAGCACUUCCAAAGGCUCCACCAGACGCAAUGCGGGAUGCGCUCGCACUCGCGCUCGCCCCACAUUGCCUCUCUUAGCUGUGCUCGCGCCCCUCUUUGUAUCACUAUCAGUCUAG